AUGCAUUCUGCUCGAGAAACGUUGACGCCACAUGAUAUAAAAAAUAUAUUAUGUCCACCAUCACCAAUUGCGGAUACUGAAGAAACUCAUCGUGCAUCUAUUUUGUCAACGUAUUCUCAAGGAUUUAAUUUGCAAGCAAAUGCAUCAGUUUCGCAACCUUUACAACUCAAUUCAAACAUGAACGACAAACGAAAUUCGGAAGAAUUACAGUACACGCCAUUACACCUACUAACACCAAAUCAGAAACAUUAUAUAUUUAGUUGGUCAAUAUUCAAACAAGCAUUGAUAACACAAUUUGCUGAAAAGAACGAAUAUUUAAUUGAACAACAAUCCGAUCAACGAAAGCAACAAUUAAAUGAAUCCGUCAGCAAGUAUUAUUAUGAUAUCAUAGAUUUAUGUAAGAAAUAUCAUCCACAUAUUUCAGGCAAACAAGAAAUUCGUAAAUUAACUAAUGGAUUAAAAUUAUCAUUAUAUCAAGCAGCUAUUAAAGAAAGUUACUCGACACCAUACGAUUUUUUGACAAAAGCACAACAGUUGGAAAAUAUUCAGAAGUUGAUCGAAUUAAUACCUGAUCAAACAACUCAAGUAUCAAACAUAAUGAACAAUAACAACAAGUUAUCAUCACCGCAUCAUCGAUCAAACAAUUAUACGGCAAAACCGAUGUAUUAUCCGUCAUCAGUUCAACAUGAUUAUUUAUAUGAACAAUUUGAAUCUAAUCAGAACCAACAAUAUCCAACAUCACAAUCAUUUCAAUCGCAACAAAUGUACAAUCAACCACAUGGAUCUACUUAUCAGAAAAAUUAUUCUUCAGAAAAAUUGGAAACUUAUUGUUAUAACUGUGGCCAAUCUGAACAUAUUGCUCGUUAUUGUCAACAAUAUACUGCAAGUCAAUAUUGGAUAAGAAAAUAUGCAGUCGACAUUUGUCAAUCAACUAAAUUAAUUGUUAUACACAGAUCAAGAUCAUCAACUACUAUACGGAUGGACAGUAAUAUGGGCAAGCAUAGUUUUGAUCUAAAGUUAGUUAAUACCAUUAUAUUAGAACCACAACAUGAAGCUAUUGUUCGACUUAAAUCACCUAUUUCAUCUUUUUCAAAUGUUGUCUUUCAUUCAAAUCAUAAUCUUCAAUAUAAAAAACUUAUCGAUAUUCCCAAUGCCGUAUUAUCUAUAAAAAAUUAUGAAACAUACGAUACAAUUCCUAACUCGGCAAAUAAAAUUUGUCGAAUACCCAUUCAUACUAAUAUUGGUCAAUUUACCACACAACCUUCCGAUAUUCGUUGUUAUACUAUCAAUUCAUGUUUAGCUAAUGAUCGUUCGUUUUUAAAUAAGCAACAAUAA